AUGCUUGCAACUUCAAUCAUCCUCAUCACCUCUUUCUUGGCGUCGGCGAGUUUCGCGCAGGACCUUCCGUAUGGCGAAAGCAACUACAGCUCCCAGGCACAGCCUGACUUGACACCUCAGACCGUCGAGACUCUCAAUCUAUCCUUCCCUGAUUGCACAAGCGGACCUCUCAGCACCUACACCAUAUGCAACCUAUCUGCAAGCUAUAUGGACCGCGCUUCUUCCCUCAUCUCCCUGUUUACCCUGGAGGAGCUGAUUAACCAGACCGGCAAUACAGCCCCAGGUGUUCCUAGGCUUGGCCUUCCCAAUUACCAGGUCUGGAACGAAGCUCUUCAUGGAUUGGACCGUGCAAACUUCGCCAAAACCGGCGACCAAUACGAAUGGGCGACCUCCUUCCCCAUGCCAAUCCUAUCUAUGGCAUCCAUGAACCGCACACUGAUCAAUCAAAUUGGGACCUUGAUCUCUACGCAAGCUCGUGCCUUCAGCAAUGCGGGAAGAUACGGUCUUGACAGUUAUGCCCCCAACAUCAACGCGUUCCGUAGCCCAUUGUGGGGCCGUGGGCAAGAGACACCUGGUGAAGAUCUCUUCGUAGUCUCUCAGUAUGCCUACGAGUACAUCACGGGGAUGCAAGGCGGUGUUGAACCAGAGCACCUCAAGAUCGUUGCUACAGCAAAACACUUUGCCGGUUAUGACUUGGAGAACUAUGAUAACCGAUCCCGCCUUGGAUAUGAUGCAAUCAUUACUCAGCAAGACCUUGCCGAAUUCUACACGCCACAAUUUCUGACCGCCUCAAGGGAUGCAAAGGUCAACAGUGUCAUGUGCUCCUACAAUGCAGUCAACGGCGUCCCAAGUUGCGCCAAUUCUUUCUUCUUGCAGACUCUUCUCCGCGAUUCCUGGACGUUCGAUACUACCGACGGCUAUGUCUCUACAGACUGCGAUGCUGCGUACAACAUUUAUGAUCCCCACAUGUAUGCUUUGAACACAUCCAGUGCUGCGGCUGACUCCGUCCGAGCUGGCGCCGACAUCGACUGUGGCACAACCUACCAGUAUCAUCUGAAUGAAUCCAUCAUUGCUGGAGAGAUCACUCGUGAGGAAAUUGAGUUGGGUGUGAGACGCCUGUACUCCAAUCUUGUUCGUCUCGGGUACUUCGACGGCAAUGGCAGCGAGUACCGUCAACUCACCUGGAACGACGUUGUGUCCACCGAUGCGCAAAACAUCUCCUACGAAGCUGCAGUCGAAGGCAUCACCCUACUCAAGAACGAUGGCACCCUACCAUUAUCCAAAUCUACGAGCAGUAUCGCUCUCAUUGGUCCCUGGGCUAACGCAACCGUGCAAAUGCAAGGCAACUACUUUGGCACACCGCCUUACCUCCUCAGCCCUCUCGCCGCUGCUGAGGCGUCCAGUCUCAAAGUCAACUACGCCUUUGGCACCAACAUCUCGUCGAACUCAACCGAAUACUUCGCCGGCGCCAUGGCUGCAGCCAAGAUGUCCGACGUCAUCAUCUUCGCUGGCGGUAUCGACAACACAGUCGAAGCCGAAGGCUCAGAUCGCAUGAACAUCUCUUGGCCCGGCAACCAACUAGAUCUCAUCUCCCAGCUCAGCUCAAUGGGCAAACCUGUCGUAGUCCUCCAAAUGGGUGGUGGUCAAAUCGACUCCUCAUCCCUGAAGAGCAAUCCCAACGUCAACGCCCUAGUCUGGGGCGGCUACCCAGGCCAAUCAGGCGGUCAAGCCAUUCUCGACAUUCUUACCGGCGCUCGGGCACCGGCCGGCCGCCUUAUCACCACGCAAUACCCAGCUGAAUAUGCCCUUCAGUUCUCCCAAGAUGACAUGAACCUGCGCCCGAACGGUAGCAAUCCAGGCCAGACCUACAAAUGGUACACAGGCGAACCAGUCUACGAAUUCGGCACCGGGCUCUUCUACACCAACUUCAGCAUCUCCGCCUCCUCCAACAACGCCUCCACAACAUUCAGCACAUCCGAUCUGACCUCAGCCGCGCAUCCCGGCUACGCCUACACGGACCUCAUGCCCUUCAUCAACUACACCGUGACCGUCACAAACACCGGCUCGGUCGCCUCUGACUACUCCGCCAUCCUCUUCGCCAACACCACCAAUGCAGGACCGGCACCCUAUCCCAACAAGUGGGUCGUUGGCUUCGAGCGCCUAGCCAGCAUCGCGCCGGGUGCGAGCAGCCCGCUGACUAUUCCGGUCAGCAUCGGCAGCAUGGCGCGAUACGCCGAUAAUGGGGAUGCGGUGCUGUAUCCUGGUAGUUAUCAACUAGCGCUGAACAAUGAGGGGGAUGCGGCCACUCAGGUGACGUUGACGGGGUCGGAGGCAGUGCUGAUGCAUUGGCCGGAGUGGGAGCAACAGGUUGGUCCAGCAUGA